AUGCAACAUCCUAUUUUCAGCCAUUAUUUCGCUCUACUUGUGGCCCUGAUCCUUCUCUUCAUGGUUGCUUUCAAUUUUCUCCUUAGGAAGAAAUUUAGUAUUUGUCGAAAUGCAAAAGGUGUUGGUAUUGGCAAAUCUAGUUUGUCGACUGCACUGAUAGAAGCAAGUGAUGAUCCAUCUACUUUGUUGAGUGCACCAACUAGAAACUGCUAUGAUGUGUUCUUGAGUUUCAGAGGUCUAGAUACUCGAAAAGGCUUCACAGAUCACCUCUACAUCGGACUCGUUGAUGCCGGAAUUCAUACUUUCAAAGAUGAUAAUGAGCUCCACCAUGGCAAGGAAAUUGGCCCAAAUCUUUUUGGAGCCAUCAAGAACAGUAAGAUCCUAAUCCCCGUUCUCUCAGUGAAUUAUGGCUCGAGCAAAUGGUGUCUUGAUGAACUGGUUCAAAUAAUGGAGUGCAAGAACAAUAACAAGGAUUGUCUAGUAUUGCCUAUAUUUUACAAAGUGGAACCAACUCAUGUGCGACAUCAAAUCGGGAAUUUUGGAGAGGCAUUUCAUACGUGUGGAAGGCAUUUCGACUUGAUGAUCUUGGAGAAAUGGAAGCAAGCACUUAUUAAAGUUAGCUCCUUGAAAGGUUGGGAAGGCAAUAGGUACGAAGGAGAAUUGGUGAAAUUGGUCGUCCAAAGAGUGUUGAGCGAGCUGAAGAAAGAGUUUGAGUUGGUUAUUCCUGAAAAUUUGGUUGGAAUUGAUGGUCAUGUGGAGAAGGUUAUUAAAUUUGUAGAUAAUAAUUAUAGUGCUACCCUAUUUAUCGGAAUUCACGGAAUGGGAGGCAUUGGUAAGACAACUCUUGCUAAAGCCAUCUACAACAAGCUCUCCGAUCAGUUCCAGUAUCAUAGCUUCAUUGCAGAUAUUAGGGAAUCAUGUCAGCGUAAGGGACUUGAGUACUUGCAAAAUCAACUAAUCUCUGAUAUAUUGAAGCAAAAGAAUCAAGUUUCAAAUAAGGAUGAUGGGACUAAGUUCAUCUCAUACAUGUUCAAAGAUAAGAAAGGGACGGAAAAGAUUGAGGCCAUUGAUUUGAGCAAAGGCAACUCAGAAGGCUUUAACACAAUAGCUGAACGAGAUGGUGGCAUUUACACAGAAAAGCAAUUCAAGAAUUUGACAAGUUUAAGAUUCCUUCACAUAGAGGGGGCACAUCUCAAUGGAGACUUUAAGAACUCGAUUGAGGGGCUAAGAUGGCUUCGAUGGCCAAAUUGUCCCAUGAACUUUGAAGUAAACAACUUUCAUGUAAAGGAAUUAGCCGUACUCGAAUUGUCAAUAAGCGAGAUAAAUGGGAAAUGGGAAGGAUGGAGUUCCUUCAUGUUUAUCCAUCUAAGGACAUUAUCUAUCAACCUUUGCAAGAAUCUACCUGAAGUUCAAGGUCUUGAUAAAUUGAAAUUUUUGGAAAGCUUGACUGUUGCAUGCUGUGAUUCAAUUGAACAGUUGGACCUUCCAAAGCUUGAAGUGUACUACUUUUAUGGGGUGAACAAGGUUGGUGCUGAUUUUGUCAACAAGAAUGGGUUUGUUGCAGUUGGUGUGGGUAUCUCACUACAGUCUCAUUGUGCCUUCUGGACGUCAGAUGUUUGGAAUGAAGAGGGAGAAAGAAUUAGAUCGUUUGAGCGAUGA